UCCGGUUCGGAUGCAGUUUUGCCUUUUGGCCCUAGCUGUAUUUUAUUUCUUUUUCUGAUUUUUAUAUUUAUAUUAACUCGGAUCGGGUUAAGUCGAAUUUCCCUGUUUUAAGGCACCUCUGGCUCUGUAAUUUUUCAUUGAUACAAUGGAGUUCUGGUUUUAAAUGAUGCGGUUGCUUCCGUUUACUACAGGAUGUGCGACUUUCUCUCCCUCCGUCGUCGGAACGAAGACGAAAUUGUGACAGGCCGAAACAGGUACCAUGGCGAUGCUCUUUACAGGCUCUCUCUUAAUCACGCCUACCCUCGCAAGGAACUCUACCCUCUUCACCUUCUUCACCAAAACAUCAUUUCUCUUGUUUGGGCAAAAGAGUCAUGCUUACAGUACUCACCCCCAUUACUCAUCUCUUAUCUCUCUCAAAUCCAUUAUCACCAGCAAAAAUAAGAGCUUCUCUAUGAACAAGAGAACCCAACUCUCUACUUCGGUCCAUUCUGCAACAAUACCCACUGAUGAAUCUUCAACACCCACCACCACUGUGCUUUCCAACAAAGCACGGAAGAAGGCCCAUCGAGAGUCUCCUGAAGGCUUGCUUCGGUUAAAUCUCGAUAUGUGCUCAAAGCGUGGUGACCUUGUUGAAGCCCUUCGCCUUUAUGAUGAUGCUCGAAGUAAUGGGAUACCACUCAAUCAACAUCAUUACAAUGUUCUACUUUACCUGUGUUCUUCUUCUCAGACUUCUUCGGUUGAAUCCAGUGGUGUCAGGAAUGAAGAGGGCAGCUUGCAUUUGGGUCUAAGAAGGGGUUUUGAGAUUUUUCAGCAAAUGGGUAUUGAUGGAAUUACUCCAAAUGAGGCUACCUUUACUAGUGCUGCGAGAUUGGCGGCUGCAAUGGAAGACCCGGAGAUGGCUUUUGAUUUGAUUAAGAAGAUGACAAGUUUUGAUAUUCCGCCAAAGUUAAGGUCGUAUGGGCCGGCGUUAUUUGGGUUCUGUAAGAAGGGGGAAGCCGAUAAAGCUUAUGAGGUUGAUGCUCACAUGGUGGCGUCUGGGGUGUCGGCCGAAGAGACAGAGCUUGCUGCCUUGUUACAGCUUAGUGCGAAUGCAGCGAGAGGGGAUAGGGUGUAUGAAAUACUUCAUCGGUUGCGAGCGACUGUGAGGCAAGUUUCGGAAUCGACAGCUGAAAUUCUGGAGAGCUGGUUUAAGUCUGAUGCUGCUGCGGAGGUUGGAGAGGAGAAUUGGGAUGUGGAGAAGGUGAAGGAAGGUGUUGUUAAGGGUGGAGGUGGGUGGCAUGGGCAGGGGUGGUUGGGGAAGGGGAAGUGGGAAGUAGUCAGAACUGAGAUGGAUGAGAAGGGUACUUGUCAUUCUUGUGGGGAGAGACUUGUUUCUAUCGACAUUGAUCCUUUGGAGACAGAAAACUUUGCUAGUUCGUUAUCCAACUUGGCUUGCCAGAGGGAGGUUAAGGCUGAUUUCAAUAGCUUUCAGGAGUGGCUUUGCCAGCAUGGACCAUUUGAUGCUGUUAUAGAUGGUGCCAAUGUGGGUCUAAUCAAUCAGCAUAAUUUCAGCUUUUUCCAGCUAAAUUCUGUUGUUAAUCGUAUUCGCCAAAUAAGUCCAUCAAAACGCAUGCCACUUAUUGUUUUGCACAGUCGUCGAGUGAAGGAUGGUCCUGCACAGAACCCAAAUAAUAAGAAGUUGUUAGAAAACUGGAAGAAGUCUGGUGCACUCUAUGCUACCCCUUCUGGAUCAAAUGAUGAUUGGUAUUGGUUAUAUGCCGCUGUUAGUUGUAAAUGUUUGUUGGUUACCAAUGAUGAAAUGAGGGAUCAUUUAUUCCAACUGCUAGGAACUAACUUUUUCCCAAGAUGGAAAGAAAAGCAUCAGGUUCGACUUACAAUUUCCAGAAAUGGGCCCACCUUCCACAUGCCCCCACCUUAUUCAAUUGUUAUACAGGAAUCAGAAAGGGGUAGUUGGCAUAUACCAACGGUCACUGGUGACAACAUUGAGACUCCAAAGCAGUGGUUGUGUGCUACCCGGUCCCAAUCUAACACUGUCCCAGAUCCAACACGAAAAUCCUCUUCCAUGGGAGAACUCACUAGGUUGUUUUCAACCAACAAACCGAAUGUUGUGUAAUCUUUGAAGAGAAUGUCUAUAUUUAGGGGGCCGUUGGGUUCGCGGGAAUAGGGGUCCGGAAUCGGAAUGACUUGGUUGGGCGGAAUUGAAAUUCCAUUCCCAUUCCUGUUGGAAUGGUCAUUCAAUACCAUUCCAGCUUAUUCUUAUUCGAAAGGAUUUUGAUUCUUAUUUCAAUUUUGAUUCGAUUGCAAACCAAUGGAUCAUUAAUGGUUUUUUUUUUUUUUUUUAAACUUGUGUAAACCAUGAGCAAGUUUGGAUUUUUUGAGCUGAAAGUUGAAGUUGAACCUAACCACGAGACAGGUAAGAUAAUUGUAAUAAACUGAAUACGAGUAUCGGGCCAGAGCCAAUUCCAAACA